AGUCACUCAGCUAAGAAAGCCUGACAUGAUGCAUCACAUUCUUCUGCUCCUCUUUUUGACUGGCUCAACAUAUGGUUGGCUGCCGUUGGAGCAGUGGGGUUCUGGAAAUGUAACAGGAAUUGUGGGAGAAUACGGCCAGUGUAUCUGCAACAUAUUCCUUCCGGACACUACGUUCCCAGCAGACCGUCUGGAUAUUGUGCAGAUAACUUCUAAUAAGCUGACUGCAGAGGUGGAGGUCCAUAUUAACAAGGUGACCUACAUAAAAGCCCAGCUGGUUAUUCUUCUCUCUGAGCUCACUAACUUGACCACACGUGUUGAGAUAUUGGAAAGCGGGUCUGACAAGUACAUCAAACUGGAGUUUGACCUUCUGAGGGUUGAGCUGCGUGAGUUUGAGUCACUGGUCACAUACUUGAAAACAUCCCUUAACUCUUCCUCACCCAUCUUCGACAGUCUUUACCAUGAGAUCCGCAAUAUGAGCCUCACCAUAGACCUGCUGGAAAGCUAUGAUAAGAGCAAUUUAGAAGUGAUCCGCCUCGAGUUUAUCAAACUUCAGAAGAAGCUGGAGAAAUGCAGAGAUGAACAAGAUGACUUCUCCAACGCACCAAUCGGUACCUGCAAGCAUGGAGGUAUUCUGAAACUCAGUAAGCCUGUAGUUGGCCAGCUGAAUGCCGAUCUGAGUGGAAGCUUCUUAUAUGGAGGAUGGGGAAAAGACUCUAGCCCUCUACCUGGUUAUGAAGAUAUGUACUGGUACUCUGCUUUCUCUAAUACACUGAUGAGUAGAAUUCGUGUUUAUUCAGACUUCUACAAAUUGAUCAUGAGACAGCCAACGAAAACCCAUGAGCUUUAUACCAAUCGUGACUGGAGAGGUCUUGGUAAUAACUACAUUGUGCAUGGUAACACCUUCUAUUAUCAGUUUAGACAACCUUUCAGCAUGGGUAAAUUCAACAUGACCAGUCAGACUGCAGAGUACAGGGUGGUGCCAAGCGCCAGUAACAGAUUCUCCUACCAAUAUUCUGACAAUCAGAACUUAGAUUUUGCAGCCGAUGAGAAUGGAUUAUGGGUAACGUACGCCACAGAGGUAGCAAAGGGCCGACUGGUCCUGGGCAAAAUCGACGAAGCAGCAUUUGCUCUGGCAGAGGUUUGGGAAACCAGCAUUUUUAAACAAUCCGUCACAAAUGCUUUCAUGAUAUGUGGUGUUCUUUACGCUACACGUUCUAUAGAUGCUCAGACAGAAGAGAUCUUUUACACUUACAACACACGCACGAGAAAGGAUAGCUAUAUUAGUAUUCAGUUUGAAAAGUUCCAGGAUUUCUAUGUCAACUUGGACUAUAACCCGAGAGAUCAGAAACUCUACAUGUUCAACAAUGGCUACUAUGUCUCUUAUAAUGUGAAGUUUAAGAGUACCUGAGAGACACUCUCAGACCAAAUAUACUUGAAGGUCUGCAGGUGUGAUCUUAAUUCCCUGUUUAAUUAUAUGGACAUGUUCAAUUUUCUGUUUUGGAAAUGAAUAAAA